AUGGCAGCCGUUAGUCAGCUUCCAAAAAUGGACGAGGAUCUUGCUGGAGCCGUGCGUAGCGGUCUUGAGCUUAAGAAGGUUCAGACCCAGGAAAAGAACGUGCUUCCAACCAAGGAGGAUGUGGAAUGCGAAAAGAAGCUUGUCGAGAGAAUUCAUGAGAUCGAACACUUCGAUUCCACCAAGCUCAAAGCUACUCCGGUCAAGGAGAAGGUUGUGCUCCCAUCGCAGGAGGAUAUCAAAAAGGAGAAGCAGUUGCUUGAGCUUCAAGACAACAUUCACAACUUCCCGCAUGAGAAGCUUCACAAAACUGAGACGUCCGAAAAGAACGUUCUACCAUCUCCAACCGACAUCGCUCGUGAAAAGACAAUCCAGAUGGCGUCGUCCUUUGACAAAACCAAUCUCAAUCACGUUGAGCCCGUCGUCACCACUGAGGUGUGCGUCUGCCAAAACGAGAAUUAA